AUGAAGCUCUCUUUGGCACUCUUCCUUCCUGCGCUGGCUGAAGCAGCGAAAUACAGUCCCCAUGACUAUGCCAGUGGCAGAGUACAUCACAUGAGCAUGAACAGGAAGGAGGCUGUGUGGGCGCAGCAGCGUGCAGCUGGUGACUUCGACAGCUGGAAGUGGCCUUCAUGGGACCGUGUCCGAGGCAGACAUGGACCCAAGUACAAGCGAGAUUAUGUGAAGUGUGUCAACGGGUAUGCUGUAGUUGAGCAGGGCAACCCGAACCAGACAUUCGCCUGCAAUAAUGUCGAUAUGUACGACUUCAAAUCUCACGCCGACCUUGGAUCCUGGGCUGGCGAAGGCAGCGACACAUGGGGCUGGGUCGCUGACGAUGGACGAGAGUUCAUCGCCAUCGGACAAGCUGAUGGAACAGCUUUCUGUGAGAUCAACAGCCGUGGAAAGCUCAUAUACCUCGGACGACUUCCGCAGCAGAGUGUCUCAUCCAUCUGGCGUGACAUCAAAGGCUACAAGAACUACAUUGUUGUUGGGUCAGAAGCGGAAGGCCACGGCGUCCAGAUCUUCGACAUGACGAAGCUUCUCGACAUCAACCCAAGCUCUCCAAAGAACUUCUCUACCACGGCGGAUCUGACUGGAUGGUUUAGUGGACUGCCGUCCGGCCGUAGCCACAAUCUUGUCGCCCACGAAGAGAAAGACUACAUAGUCGCCGUUGGUGCGCAGCCACGGAACGACACUUGCCGGAGCGGUCUCAUCUUCAUCGACAUGACUGAUCCAGCCAGUCCAACCUCUUCUGGCUGUGCAGCUCAAGACGGCUACAGCCACGACGCGCAAUGCGUAACAUACAGAGGUCCAGACAAACGCUACGAGGGGCGUGAUAUCUGCUACAGUUUCAACGAAGACACGUUCACCAUCUACGAUGUCACUGACCGCUCCUCGGGAACCAACACAUCCAGCGUCAUCUCUCGCACGCCAUACUACGGAGCAACGUACACCCAUCAAGGAUGGCUCCUUGACGAAUCAUGGCAGGAGUUCCUCUUUUCAGACGACGAACUGGACGAGCUCGACGAGGUUGAGCCUGGUGCAGAUGGCCACUCUGUGAUGUACAUCUGGGAUAUCCGCGACUUGGCAGCGCCGAAGAACACUGGAUACUAUAAAGCCCAGGCCCGCAGCAUCGACCACAACCUCUACGUCCACAACGGUCUGGCUUACCAAUCGAACUAUGGGUCCGGCCUGAGAGUGCUUGAUGUCUCGGGCGUCCCGGAUGAUCCCACUGGCGGCAACAUCGAGGAAGUGGCAUUCUUCGACAUCUACCCUGAGGACGAUUCUGCUGGUGGGCUCGUUGAGUUCGUUGGCACAUGGUCGAACUACCUCUUUCCGUCCGGCUAUGUCUUCGUCAACAGCAUUGAGAGGGGCGGCUUCGUCUUGAAGAUGAACAACCAUCGUGGCAAAGCAUUUGGAAAGAAGUGGCCGAGGAGGUGA